CAAAGCUACUCCAGUACAUGACCCAUGUUCAAAGCCUGGGAUGUCUCUGAGUAGUCUUACAGCCAUAGAACUAGCUGAGAAGGUUCGGAGCCAAACCAAACCCAUAGAGAAAAAGCAUUUAUUUCACAAGAAGUCGGAGUCUCAAGUUAGUACUUACAGGACACCCCUAUCCAAAUCUAAGCAAGCUUUUGACCAGGAUAAUGGCUUGUACAUUCUUAGAGAAUCAAUGUAUAACAAGUACUACAAAAAGCCUUGAGAUUCCCCCAAAUCAACCAGACUCACAACAAAUAGAAGAGUCAGGCCUAAGAAUAUCACUAGGCUACAACUAAGCAAGCCAAAUUUAACAGAAAAGGGAAUUUUAUCCUUCUUUAUGAACAAAGUUUAGAGCAACUAUCAGAAGUCAGCGGAUAAAAUAAUUGAUUGUUAAACAACAUUCAUGAG